AUGUCCGACAACAGCUCGAACUUCACCCUUGCCUCGGAAUCAGGUCUCGUCGCCACGCUCUCACCGCUCGGCGCUGCGUUACGCAGCCUCACGCUAUCCUCUCCCCCAUCGUCACCAUCGCGCGCCGAGUCUGCUAUCGGAGCCAUUCAGUGCGCCAAGUGCGGGAGCAACAGCCGCGCGGCGGCCUGGACGACGCGAUCAGUAGUCCUGGGCCUCGCCUCCGACGACGCCGCUCGCAGGCAUGCGGGCCCGUACCUCGGCGUGACAGUCGGGCGCGUGGCCAACCGGAUCGGCCAUGGCGGAGAGUUUGAGCUCGAUGGCGAGAGGCAUCAGGCACGGGCUAACGAAGGCGGCAACUGCCUGCAUGGUGGCGGAGGCGAUGGCGCGCUGGAUGGGCGGGUGUGGGAGAUGGCCGAGCGGGUGAGCGGCAAGACCGAUGGCGCCGAUGCCUUUGUCGGCUGGCCCAUCGCGGGCUGUGGACGGUACGAUGCGGUGACGUUUGCCAGCACGAUGGCCGACGGCGAGAACGGGUUCCCCGGCCGAGUCAACGUCCGCGCCACGUACGUUGUCGCCCAUGGUGCGCAUGCGCUCGGUAUUGUGCUCGAGGGCGAGGCGGAGGCGGUCACGCUCCUUGCGCUCACGAACCACGCGUACUUUAACCUUUCUGGCGAGCCGCGCGAGGGCGGGCUCGCUGACCAUCAGCUGGACCUCCACGAGGCAACGGGCGUGCUCGCCGUCGACGACGCGCUCAUUCCGACGGGCGAGGUUGUGCCGUUGGCCGCCGACUCGCCGUUCGCCGCGGCGGUGGCCUCGCUCGGCUCGGAGGCCAAGCUCGAGGGCCUCGACCACAACUACGUCCUCGCUCCGCCCGACACCGCCGGUGCCUGUCGAUGCAUCGGCGCGCUGGUGCACGUGCCCAGCGGUCUGCGAAUGCGGGUGACGACGACCAAGCCGGGCGUCCAGGUCUACACUGGCAACGGGCUCGGACACGCCGGCAUCCCGAUCGCCGACACGGUCCACGCGCAGUGCGCAAGUGUCAACUAUGGCAACGGCUCGGCCAUCUGCCUCGAGACGCAGUUCUUUCCUGACGCCAUUCACCUCGGCCCGCUCCUCGGAUACCUGGCUGCUGUUUGA